GGUCCACCACCCUUUAUAAUAGUCACUUACCUCUCGUCCUGACUUACAGUUACAGCACACCUAAAUCUACAAUUGCCAGUUGAGCGAACAUCGUAAUAAUAAUAAUGGCAACCGCAGCUCUUGUGGGAAGCACCGGGCUUGUCGGCUCGAAUAUCCUGUCUCAACUCCUUGCCCACCCCUCCUUCUCGUCCGUAUACGCCUACACGCGUCGCGAACUUAGUAACCCCACUGCCAGCACGAAGCUCACGCCACUUUCCUCAACCGAUAGCUCGACAUGGCCGUCUCUCUUCCCAACUGCACCCACGCCCACCAUCUUCUUCUCGGGCCUUGGGACUACGCGCGGACAGGCCGGCGGCCUCGAAAACCAGCGCAAGAUCGACCUCGACCUGAACUACGACCUUGCAAAGGCUGCGAAGGAGGCCGGAUGUGACACAUACGUUCUAAUAUCUUCUGCAUCUGCGAGUUCUCAAUCCAUGUUGGCAUACUCUAAAAUGAAAGGCGAGCUAGAAGACAAAGUCAAGGACCUCGGGUUCAAGCACACCGUCUUCCUGCGCCCUGGGUUGAUUGUGGGCACGAGGCAAGAUAGCAGAGCUCCCGAGGCUGUGAUGCGGGGUUUAGCUACCGGGCUAGGAAAGCUGAGCCCAAUGUUAAAGAACAGCUGGGCUCAGGAUGCGGAUGUGAUUGCCAGGGCGGCGGUGAAUGCAGGCCUGCAGUGUGUGGAUGGGAAGAAGGAAGAGGGGGUUUGGGUGUUGGGGCAGAAGGAGAUCAUACGGUUGGGAGAGGAGAAAAAAUGAGGGGCUACGGGUUACCGGGAGGGGGGUGCUGAGGAGAGGGGGAGAACUGCCAGCAUCGACCUGCCGGAGCUUGGGGGAUGGGAUUCUGAAAUGCCAUAGCAAAUGGGGCUGAUGCGCUGGAAUUACAGUACUACGAUCCCCUUCAUGCAUACAGCUUGGCGAUGGUGAUACAGGGGCAGAUUGAGAUGGAUUCCUGACUUUGGGCCUUGUUGCCCUCGAAUAUACCCUUUCCUACCUUUCC